UCUCCGCCUGUCUUCUCUCCUGACAGACCGCAAAUGACCUCAGUCUCUGCAAUAUCACACAACUUAGACUGGAGCGCUCAAUAAACGGCUUACCGGGAGCGAUGGCCGGGAUGUUCGGGAAGAUAUUCGUUGGCAUUUAUGUGGAGAUAAAACGGAGCGACGGACGAAUACACCAGGCGAUGGUCACAUCACUGCAUGAAGACAAUGAGAGUGUGACAGUGGAAUGGAUUGAGAACGGAGACACCAAAGGGAAAGAGAUUGAUCUGGAGAGCGUCUUUGCUCUGAAUCCAGAUGUAGCUCCUGAUGAAGAGAUACCACAGAGUCCCGAGGCUCCUGUUCCUCCCUCCAAUGUUGCCAAAACCAGCAAAGUACCCAAGACCAGACGGAUUACAGCGAUACCCAAGGCUGAAAAUACCCCACGGGAGAACAGAGCUGCCUCAGUGGGAACAACCCGGGCACGUCCCAGUCAGCACAGCCAAGCUGCGGAGCCACCCCCACCAACCAUCGUUCCCCAGCCUGCCGUAAACCAGUCCCUGAUACAGCAGCAGAACGCACGGAGGAAAUCUAACUGUGUGAAGGAGGUGGAGAAACUGCAGGAGAAAAGAGAGAAGAGACGUCUUCAGCAACAAGAGCUCAGAGAGAAGAGGGCACAAGAGGUGGACGUUAAUUUACCAAACUAUGAGAUUAUGUGUAUGAUCAGAGACUUCAGAGCCAGUCUGGACUACAGACCUUUAACCACAAACGAUCUGAUUGAGGAGCACAGGAUAUGCGUGUGCGUUCGUGCACGUCCCCUCAACAAAAAAGAGUUAUCAACAAAGGAUCUGGAUGUGAUCACCAUUCCCAGUAAGGACGUUGUAAUGGUCCAUGAGCCCAAGCAGAAAGUUGACUUGACCCGCUACCUGGAGAACCAGACCUUCCGAUUUGACUAUGCCUUUGAUGAGAACUCCACCAAUGAAAUGGUUUACAGGUUCACUGCUCAGCCGCUGGUUGAGACCAUUUUUGAGAGGGGAAUGGCGACGUGCUUUGCAUACGGACAAACUGGAAGUGGAAAAACACAUACAAUGGGAGGGGACUUCUCAGGAAAGAACCAGGACUGCUCCAAAGGGAUCUAUGCACUGUCUGCCAGAGACGUUUUUCUCAUGUUAAAGAAGCCAAAUUAUAAGAAGCUGGACCUGCAAGUUUUUGCCACAUUUUUUGAAAUUUACAGUGGGAAGGUGUUUGACCUGUUAAACCGUAAAGCCAAGUUACGGGUGCUGGAGGACGGGAAGCAGCAGGUGCAGGUGGUGGGCCUGCAGGAGAGGGACGUGAAAUGCACAGAAGACGUCCUCAAACUCAUCGAAGUGGGAAACAGCUGCAGGACGUCUGGGCAGACAUCAGCCAAUGCUCACUCCUCCCGGAGUCACGCUGUUUUCCAGAUCAUCCUGCGUCGGCGGGGGAAGAUGCAUGGAAAGUUCUCUCUUAUCGACCUGGCGGGGAAUGAGAGAGGGGCAGACACGUCCAGCGCUGACCGGCAGACUCGCCUCGAGGGAGCAGAGAUCAACAAGAGUCUGCUGGCACUCAAGGAGUGUAUUCGAGCCCUGGGCAGAAACAAACCACACACUCCAUUUAGAGCCAGCAAGUUAACCCAAGUGCUGCGGGACUCGUUCAUAGGAGAAAACUCCAGAACAUGCAUGAUUGCAACCAUCUCUCCUGGGAUGGCAUCUUGUGAAAACACGCUGAACACAUUGAGAUAUGCCAACAGAGUAAAGGAAUUUGGGAUAAGUCCCUCAGACAUUCCCUUCUCCCAGAGUGGGGGUGGAGGAGGUCGCUCUGAGCUCUCCCCUACCUAUGAGGUGAAGGAGCUCACAGUGGACCCUGCGGCAGCCAUGAUGGAGAGCCAUCAGGGAGGACACAUCACGCAGCUGGAGGUGCUGGAGGCUCAGUGGGGAGUGGGGAGCUCUCCACAGAGAGAUGAUCUGAAGCUGCUCUGUGAACAGAACGAGGAAGAGGUUUCCCCGCAGCUCUUCACUUUUCAUGAAGCCGUCUCUCAGCUGGUAGAAAUGGAGGAGCAGGUGCUAGAGGAUCACAGGGCUGUUUUUCAGGAGUCGAUCCGGUGCUUGGAGGAUGAGAAGGUGCUUCUGGAAAUGACAGAGGAGGUGGACUAUGAUGUUGAAUCAUAUGCAACUCAGUUAGAACAAAUCCUGGACCAGAAGAUAGACAUUCUUACUGAGCUAAGAGAUAAAGUCAAGUCUUUCCGUUGUGCUCUCCAGGAAGAGGAACAAGCUAGCAAACAAAUCACCCCCAAGAGGCCUCGGGCGCUAUAGAUGCAUAACAUGUGCUAUUUCACUGAUUGGUCCUCAGAGAGGUGAAGGCCAUAAGGAGGUCAGUGCUGAUGAAGCAGCUGAUUUAACUCAGCUGUGAUUUUAUGGUGUGAGUUCCUGUAAGUGUGUUUGGUUUCCCCCUGACCUCUCUGCUGUACAGACUGCUUCCUGUCAUCCAUCCAUCCAUUUGCAAAGCCAAAGAGCGUACCGCCCACGCUCUGCCAUGUUCCUGUAAAGCAUAUCUAUAAAGUUUUUCUCUGUGUGCUUAAUCCCAAGUACUUGAUUUUAAAACAAAAAAAAGUUCAGACAUUGUUUAAAAUUAUUUUUUAUCAGAUCAGUCAUGCUCACCAGGGCAAUUUUAUAAACAACUUUUGCCAUUUUGUGCAAUAUUUGGAGGAAUUUUUCUUCCUGUUCUUCCUGUUUCAGCUCGGAUGAACAGGGCAUGUCAAGUUUGUGUGUAACAUGAGCCACGUGUUUGUGUUGAUACUGUAUGUAAUUAAGGUUUGAUUGAGACAAGCCUAAAAUUAACCUUAACAUUAACUGCGCUAAAGGGUGCACUAUGAUCAAGGUGUUUCAGGAUACAUUUACAGAAACUGAGUUCUUUUUUCAUUUGCCAUAA